AUGUCGCAAAAGUCAAUGACCUCGAAGAUCGCCAUUCUUGGAUCUGGAGAGGUCGGUUCCACAAUCGCCUACUCGCUGAUCUUGAACCCUGUUGCUGGAGAGAUCUUGCUUGUCGAUCCCAAGGAGGAGGUCCGGGAUGCUCAAGUACAGGAUCUUUCUGAUGCUACUUUCCAUGGCGAUACUAGUACUCUGGUACGCGCUGGUACACACAAGGAAGCUGGGCAAUGUGAUAUCGUCGUCAUUACUGCUGGUGCUGCACAGAAGAAGGAGAGCCGUACCGAUCUCGUCGGCCGUAACCUCAAGAUCCUGGGCUCAGCAAUUGAGGACAUGAAGCCCUUCCGCGAGGACACUAUCAUUCUUCUGGUCACAAACCCCGUGGACAUUUUAACCUACUUCGCUCAGAAGUUCUCAGGACUGCCAAAGUCUCAAGUGAUCGGAAGUGGUACCUUCCUUGAUAGUGCUCGCCUUCGUGGUAUCCUUGCCCAGAAGUGCGGUGUUGCUGCUAGCUCUAUCAACGCAUAUGUGCUGGGUGAGCAUGGUGAUUCGCAAAUGGUAAGUCGUGAAACAAUAUCUCUCCAAAGUCUCUUUGCUAAUUUCACGACAGNNGUCGCAUGGUCUCACGCAUCAGUCGGUGGUGUCCCUCUCGAGUCCGCUUUCCCGGAUGCCUCGAUCGACACGGCUGCAAUCGCAGAAGACACCAAGAAGAAGGCCGCAUCAAUCUCAGACGCAAAGGGCGCCACAGCUUACGGCAUUGGCGGCGUGACUUCUUCAAUCUGCAAAUCGAUCCUCUUUGACGAAUGCAAUGUCAGACCUAUCAGUCACUACCAGGACGACUUGAACGUCUGUCUCUCAAUGCCGGUGGUCAUUGGCAGAAAGGGUAUUGUCAGACAGAUUCCAUUGAAGCUCAAUGACAGCGAGAAGAAGGAGUUUGAGCAGAGCGCGAAGAGCUUGAGAGAGAUCAUCGAUGAUGUGGAGAAGGAGCAGUCCAAGGAGUAA